GUCAGCAGUUGCAACGCGGGGCGGAGAGGCGGAACGCGGCGAGGGAAAGCAGAUCUCUUUAAACUCGCAAGGAAAUAACGCCAAAGGAAACACUCACCUGUUAGGCAGCUAAAUCGCUCGGUGCUGACAAGGCCUUCCCUUUCUGUGCCUGGAAUAUUCUGGAUCCCUGGAGGAUUUUUGCCGUCAUCAUGAUUAGAUUCUUCAGGAGACUCUAGCCUUGCAAACCCUCAUAAAAGGAGGGAAUAGGUUGGGCGUGGUGCCACGUAUACCCAAAGUCAAUCAUAGUGGAGGACCUAAGAACCAUGUAGUGUAUCUCUUCCAUCCACAGGGGGGCGGGUUAACUUUGUAGUUGUUUUUUGUACAGUUUUUUUUUUUUUUUUUUUGCUGGGAGUUGGUCUACAAGGUGAGCCAGAAAUGGUCUUGCACACCUCUCCCUACCCCAGUGCCUUCCUCAGCUUUCUGAGUGGUCUGUCUUGGGCCUUUGUUUUCCCUUGCUACUGGCUAUUGGAUCGAUUAUUGGCCUCUUGUGUAGCAACAUCACUAGAGAAACGCAGACGCUCUCAGGAUCCCUGCUCUUUCCUAGCACUUGGGGUUCUGGUCUCUACACCACUCUACCUGGUGCUGUUACUGGCAUCCUUACCCUUUGCCUUCAUUGGCUUUCUCUUGUGGGCACCACUGCAGACCAUCAGGAAACCCUACAUCUACUCUCACCAGAAACCAGACAAGCAUGGUGUGGAGCAGGGCUCUGCGGCUGGAACUGGGGCAGCACUGGCUGAGUGGCGUCCUCAAGGACGCAGCUUUUGCUUUGGCAGUGCCAACGUUUGCUUGCUGCCAGACUCACUUGCACGCUUUAACAACCUUGCGGAUACUCAACGCCGGGCUAGGGAAGUGGGCAAGCGAAUCCGGAACGGUGCCAGCAGACCCCAAAUCAAGAUAUACAUCGACUCGCCGACCAAUACUUCAAUCAGUGCUGUAUCCUUCUGCAGCUUGUCCACCCAGGGCUUCCGCCGCACUUCUUCUUUGGACCAUCGUCCGGAUCCUGUAGUCACCACUGAAAAUGAGACUGAGGCCUUAACCGAGUGUCCCAUUCACACCUCAGGAGGUACGAGCUCAGAUUGCCCCAUCCACAGCACUGGAGUCCAGAAUUCCUCAGAAUGCCCUCUUCAUCCCAAUGAAGAAGAGCAUGGUCCUGAUUGUGCCAUGCACCAGUCUGCUGAUUCAGAGUGUCCAGUACAUAGCAACAUAAUGCAGAACUCAGAAGACUGUCCUCUCCAUCCAUCUGGAGUGCAAAUCAGCAUCACCUCGCCUGAUUCCGAGCCGGCUGAGGCUGAAAAAGGAAACCAUCAAACCGGGGACGGGGAUACAGGUAGUCUAGAAAGCCGCACAGCCUCUCGAGAAUCCCUGGUUCGCUUCCAUGCAGCCGAUGGAGGGAUCUCUCCCAACAACACCCUUUCACAACACCGCACCUCAGUCUUCAAAAGACCAAUUGGACGCAAGCGUCGUCACGGAGACGAUGGCUUUGACCACGAGAUCUCUGCCUUCUUCCCAGCCAACCUCGACUUCCUUUGUCUUCAGGAAGUCUUCGAUAGGCGGGCCGCUGAUAGGCUCAGGAGGCAGUUGCACCGCUAUUUUCCCUUUGUACUGAGCGAUGUAGGACGCUACGGCUGGAAAGGCUGUUGCUCCAGAUUCAAGUUCUUAAACAGCGGUCUCCUGUUAGCCAGUCGCUACCCUAUAUUGGAUGCCCAUUAUGAAUGCUUCCCCAAUGGGCGCAGCGAAGAUGCUCUGGCUGCUAAAGGAGUGCUCUUUGCCAAGGUGCAGGUGGGAAGCUCCUCUCAGGACCAGCGUGUUGUUGGAUACAUCACCUGUACUCAUCUGCAUGCUAUUGAAGGCGAUGCGGCGGUGCGCUGCGAGCAGUUGGACAUGUUGUUGGAGUGGGGCGCAGAGUUUCGGAGGGUCACCUCGUGUCCUGCAGAUGAGGAGAAGGUGCUGGAGGAUCAGGUGGCCUUCGAUGUGAUCCUCGGAGACCUCAACUUCGACAACUGCUCCUCAGAGGAUAAGCUGGAGCAGCAGCAUUCGCUCUUCACUCACUAUAAAGACCCAUGUCGUCUGGGACCAGGAGAGGACAAACCCUGGGCUCUGGGUACAUAUUUGGACACGAGUGGGAUCUAUGAUGAGGAAGUCAGUUCACCAGAAAGCCUACAAAAGGUGAUGGAGAAUGAAGAGGGCAGAAAAGAGUAUUUGGUGUUCCCAACAAGCAAGAACCAUUGUCCCAGUCAGAAGGGGCGCAAAAUCCCCCUGAAGGGGAACGGCAGGAGAAUCGAUUACAUCCUUUAUAAAGAGGAAGGCCUUCACCAGGACUGGAAAGUGGAUAUAGAGGAGUUCAGCUUCAUCACUCAACUGGCUGGAUUGACUGACCACCUCUCAGUGGCUGCAAGAUUGGUUGUGUCAACUGGAGAAGAGGAGACUUAGGACCCGGCCGUAAUUCAGAAAAAUCAAUGCCACGAAGAGAGAGAGAGAGAGGAGAGAGAAGCAAAGAGAGAAAUGAAUGAAAGGAAAAGCAGCAGGAGGAGGCAUUUCGUCCAGCUUGCCGACAGAUGAGGCAAGGGUGAUUGAGAAGGUUGGUAAAUCGUAAAAAAAAACAACGGAUGACAUAAACUGGAGAGGGGGGUGAGGGAAACUGAGAAUACCGCCAUCGACUGAAAACAGGUGCAUGUUGUUCUCCGUCCACCCCUGGACUCUGCUUGUUUACAUCAAAACUGAUGAACAAAACUCAAGAUUUAACUCAUCUUUGCACUUCUGAAGCUUCUCUGGGGCCCUUAAAAGGGCGGAGGCCGUUUUCUGGUGCCAUGACCCGGAUUUUUGAAGGAAGGCUGUUUCAAGGUUGACUGUUCUGGUCGUCUUUGUACGUCGAACAUGUGUUUCAAGUUAGAUCUAUCCCUCAGCGUUCUUCAAAAGACCUCAGCAAGUGUCUUUCUUUUCUAACGUCUUUCUAAGGUUUCUAUGGCCUCGCGCCAUCUUUUUAGGGAGUUUAUAUACUGAUAUACAAUGAUGGCAUCGUAUGGCCUCAUCUAACACUACGUUAAACAAUGUUUCGGAUACAGUGACCAAGACCAACUACCGGAUGUGACCCCCAAACUAUCGGUAGAUGCAUGUUUUGCAGUGCACUGCCAUGUUUGUCAUGGCCUGCAUGUUUGACGUGAACGCCCCGAGAUGCUAUUUUUCACUAAAAUCCCCAAUCCCCGAACACCGUCUUUUCCUUCUUGCAGUAUUGCUGUGGCUCCAUCACAGGAAUAAAGGUGUCAUUAAAAGGCGCCGCAGUGUUCACUGUUUACAUAUUUGAGCCAAGAUUGUCGUCCCCUGCAAAUGUUUACACACGGUUCCCCAAGAACUACUCCAAGUUAGACCCACCUAAGCUCGCUGUUCAUGUGUUAACACAACUGCUUUUAUACUCUCUGAAAGUCUGUUAUAAGUUGUUAUUAUUAUUAUUAUCAUUAUUCUUAUGAUUAUUAUGGUUCGUAGAUUUGACAUUUAUGUGCUUUUUACAAAUGACUACAUUAUUCCCCAUGAUGCAUUUUAUCUGCUUUUUUGCUGUGGUAGAGGUUUACAGCAGCCUAGUGUAGAGCUCCGCCCUGUUUUGACUGACAGACUAAUUGGCCAAUCAGUAUGCCUGUAGACGUGUUUAGCUUUGCUGUAACAGAUGCUGUGUUCCAUUCAGUUCUGAAUAUGGAUACUAAAAUACUGGAGCCGUUUGGUAUUCAGUGGCAUGAACGUUUUUCGCAUGUAACGACAAUGUGAAAGAAAUGCAUGUUAAACUGUUUUGACAGAAAGUGUUUUACCAAAGUUGAGUUGGCAGAUUCCGACUGACUCUUCAGAGUCUUAUUUUAGUGAGUCAAAAAUAUAUAACAUCAACAUAGGCUCAUUCUGAAAACCUAUAUACAUUUCUGGAGAUCGCAAAUUAUGUAGCCAGAAGUACAUAUGGCUGCAUUUCGUCUUUAAAACGAUAUGACGCCGUUCCUUUUCAUGGCUCCAGCUGACUGCUUACCUCCGUAUGGACAGCUUUCCUGUUGUUACAAGUUUGUCCAGUAGCUCGCCAUGUACGUCGGCGGACUUGAGAUGCAGAGAGAAGUUGACCACGACAACGCGGUUCAAGUCGAGCGAAGAACGAUUCCAGAUUGUGGGUAAGAUAAAAACAGAAGCCAAACAAUAAAAUAGACAAGUAAAUAACAGGGUAAGAACGUAGUAAUAUCUAAAAAUGUGAAAUCAGGUGAGAGCUUUUCCUUUUCUGGAUUGCUUUUUAAAACUGUCAGUUGGGUUUAGGGAAGUGAGUGGGCCAAUCUGGGGUCAAUCUGUGUUUUAGAAAACACUAUUGGUUGGGUUUAGGGAUGGAGGAGGGUAGGUCAGUCGAUCAAUCAGUCAGUCUUUUAGUCAGUCAGUUAGUUGACAGCAGUCUAUGGUGGAUUUACACGAGAAGAGCAGGCGAGAAUGGCACUCGCAAGAGAAAUUUGAGAUCUCAAAAAGCAUACACAGCGGCCUCUGGUGGAUUCAAUGGAAAAACUGCAAAAAAAAUAAUAUUUUCUGGGAUGUAUUUGGCGCUCUCCAGAAAUGUAUAUAGCGGUACAAUUUCAGAAUAAACCUGGGUUGUAUAAUACUGCCAUCCUUUUACCAAAUUAAUGAAUCUUUUCUUAAAUCAUAUGGUGAACCAUUAACACACAGUGUAACCAUAGAAGUAUAACCAUGCAUAUAAAUUUGAUAUUAAAAAAUGAGUAGGAUCAACUUUUUACUCGAUAAGAAAGAUGCACGUAAACUAUGAUAGAAACACUUUUACCGAACAAAUUCCAGUAUGUGCAUUAUAAAAGUCAUGUGAUUUUGUUAUGAGAGAUCAUGUGGUGAUAAAAAUGUAUGUGAAUGGAUAAUCUAGCAGGCUGAGCACAUUGUAAAAGCUUCUGAAAUGUUUUAGUCAUUCUAAAACACCUUAAUCAUUUCAAUAUUAAUGUUAUUAUAUUAUUAAUUACCUUCAGAAUAGUAAGGAGCGUCUGUGGUCUGCGUCUCACACCUUCAAAUGCCACCAUCGGCAUUGUUUUCUGAGAGAAUAAAGAAAAAAUACAUGCAGCUUCUUGUACUGCAGCAAAUUCCAUUCUUACUGUUGAUAUUUGGCGGCAGGUAAUCAGGAGGUGACCAUUUUGUUCUCUUUGAUUCGUUGGAUGGAAACGCUGCUUUAUUCGCACGUCUUGUAUGUGUUACAGUUUUGCGCAUAAAUUUAAUGCGCAUCUUUGAAUGGAAAUAUAGCUAUUGAAGUCAGAUUCUCUAAUGAAUGAUCUUUUUGGUAAAUCAUAAACAUUGUAAACUAUAAUAGAUUCAAAAAUAAAUAAUUAUUUGGAUCUAAUAAAUAAAAUGCAGCAUGACAAUGGAAGUGGAUUUUCAAAAUUAAUAAUUCUUUUGAUUCAAAUCUUUUUGGAAACAUGCCAAAGACCCUUUAAGGCAAGUCAUUUCACUCGGCGGCCAUCUUUGAAACACCUCUCGGGCAGUACUCGGCCCUUCUGUUCUCUAAACCUGCUUAUGAUUAGAUUUAUAUUAGGAAUCACCAAUAAAAUUAUACAACUCUGUCUCUUUAGAUUCAUUUCUAUACGUUUGAAUCACACAUAAUCUGCAGAAACUCAUGUCAGGUCCAAGCCACUGCCCCAGAGAAUCCUCAGUCUAUAACAAUCGCUGAUUGGCUCCUGUAGUAGUAGGCGGGGCUUCAUUCGCCAUAUUGAUCCAUACACUUUUCCCCAUUCAAAACUAUACGAGUGACACGACUUGUGUAUUCUAUAGUCUUUAAACAUGCUUUCCAAAUCAAUGACUUAUUUCAGUGAAAUCUUAUUGGUGUAUCAAAAACGUAGUUUAAUUCAAGAAGGAUGACCCUAACCCUAAUGUUUUUAUUUGAUUAUUUUGGUCAAAUUAAAAACACAAAGCCUACUGUAAGUAUUAGAUUGAUUUCAGUUAAUAACAGUUGCUCAUUUGACAAUAUGUAGGUAAAAUGGCAUGUUUUGAGGUCUGUAGUAUAGUAUUUUGAAGUAGUAUUUGUGGUUGUGGUUGGCAGAAAUAGGAACAUCCCAUUAAAAGCUUGAAUGGAACACAGCAUCAACCCAGUCCUGAUUCACCCACCCCGCCACUAAUGUUAAUCUAGCGUAUCGUUCUUUAAUCAGGUCAGUGUGCCAUAAUAAUGAACCUUAUCCAGAUCCACAGUACUCAUGCUUAUAAGGGAGCACAGGGUGCAGUUUAGAGUUUCUCAUGGUAGUGAAAACCCUUGUUCUCAAUCUGAACUCUUUGUAUUGUAACUAAACUGCCAUUGUUUUCCAAGGUCAGUGUUUCAGGGUUAAGCAGGGAGAGCUGUAGUCCAGAUGCAUGCAGUGAAAUAAUGAAGCUUCACCAUUUCUCACUCUCAUCGCUGUCCAUUAAGAUCUUACUGUUCUCUAUAUUGUUUUUUGAGACUGUAUGCUUUUUUUGUUGUUGUUGUUUCUCUUUUCUUUUUUAAUUUCGAGGAAUGCGGCUUGCUAUAAGCUUUCGGCUGGUCAGGUUUUCAAGGGGAAAAGGAAAAGGGAAAAGCUUUCUCAGUGUCAGCUCUUUAUAAAUGCAUUUUGGUUCUGCUUUUUAUUAAAAAAAAUCCCUCUUCGAUUCAAA